AUGGUGUUAAAAGAUCCUAAUAAAUUUGAUGGCAUAGAUGUUAACAAAAAGCACCGCCCACGCGCCAGCGGUCGUAAAGCGCAGAAAAAAUGUCCACGAGAGUCAGCAACAGCAAACAAUCCUAAAGCAUUUGCUGUCCAACACACAACUAAAGCAUCACGCCUAGUCCAACGUACGCUUGAUCAUCAGACUAAAAGACAUCAUUUAUUACAAUCCAAAUAUGUUUCGGCUGUUUCUCCACCAUAUAUAGUUGCAAUCGUCGGACCUCCGAAAUCAGGCAAAAGCACUCUUCUCCGUGGACUAAUAAAACACUUUGCACACCUAUCAGUUGGUGUUAUUAAAGGUCCGGUGACUGUAGUAGUCGGUAAAAAGGAAAGAUUUACUUUCAUUGAGUGUGGGUGUGAAAUCAACAGUAUGUUAGAUGCUGCGAAGAUCGCUGAUGUCGUUUUGUUACUCGUUAAUGUCCGUGCAGGACUGGAAAUGUAUCAUUUUGAAUUCAUCAAUAUGAUACAAGCUCAUGGAAUGCCGAGAGUUGUUCCUGUUUUGAAUCACUUAGAUACAUUUAAGGAUUCUAGCUCUUCUCGUGCACUUCGAAGAAAAAUUAAACAUCGCUUAUGGACCGAUCUUAACUCCAAAAUAUUUCUCCUCUCACGUUUUCAAGCAAAAAAGUUUCCCUCUCAUACACCAGAUAAACAAAAUGCAGGCGACACUCCAGGCGAUUAUUUGCUAAAUGAAGUCAGACGUUUGGCUCGGUUAAUAAUGGUCAAAACGCCUCGCCCUUCAGAUUGGCGUAGCUCUCAUCCUUACUUACUAAUUGAUCGAAUAGAAGAUGUAACGGACAACAAAACGUCCAACAACAUGAAUAAUGACCGUUGUAUAAGUUUGUACGGGUGGGUUCGUGGUGCCCCCUUACCACCAGCAUUGACAUCUCCUGGGAUACACAUUGCAGGACUUGGUGAUUUUGCUUUAGUUGAAUGCACUCAACAGCCUGAUCCCUGCCCAUUACCGGGUAUGUUCACUCAUUCCAACGGUACUGAUCCUGUGAAAACAACAAGACAUUUGUCUGAACGUGAUCGAAAAAUAUAUGCUCCAAUGUCGAGUCUCGGUGGUGUUCUGUUCGACCGGGAUGCGACAUAUAUUGAUCUUGGAGGCAGUCACUAUCUAACUAAUCGUAAAUCUCGACAUGGAAAUAAUCAAACACAAAAUGUUAGUCAGUCUAUGUUAGAUGAAUUACAUGCAACUUUCAAUGAAGUUGGUGGGUUGGAUGAGCGAUUAAAUAAAACACAUAAGGUUCGUAUGGUCAGCAAUGCACCAUUUCUGUCUGCAGAAGAAAUAGCGGAUAAUCAUGAUGGUUUUCAUAAUCUAAACAAUUCGAUGAAUGAUGUUACAAUGGAAGAAUCAAAUGAUAUGAACACUGACAAGUGUACUGAUGAAAUACGUGUAUUUUCAGAAGAGCCUAUUGCAGGAUUUCUUGUCCCGGCUGGAUUUCAGGAAAAUGGAAACGUCCAAAAGAAGAACCAAGAUCCGUCAGUGUCGAAAAGUGCACAUAUGCAAGUAAAACAAAUUUUAGAUGAUAUUGAAUGGAAAUCCACAACCGUAUCCUUAGUCAACUGGAACCGUAUUGUUUAUGGUAUAAAUAAUGAUGCGAAUGAAAAUCCCCUUAAAAGUUCUAACCAACCAAUCAUUGGAGAUCAUGAUUUUACUCUUUGUUCAAUUCACAAAUCAACUGUAUUAUCAUGGGAGGAUUCAUCAUCUCAUAAUUUAAUUCGUAAUCUAUUUACCACUGGUCAUUGGGGUGAGAAUGAAGAUGCUCGAACACUAUUGGAAAAAGAUGCUAAAGCACGAGAAGAAUUAAAAAUGAAUGAGGCUAAAAAAUAUGCUGCCGCAUCUGGUAGUCGUGUACAGCAUACUUACCAUGGAAAGCAAUCAUUUUAUGAUAAUGAUUCAGAUGAUUUUGAAGGAAUGGAAAACAAUUCCGAUAACAGUGGUGAUGAUGAUGACGACGAUGUUAAUGAUAGUGAAUCGAAUAAUGAUGAAGAUGUUUAUAAUCAGGAGUCAGACGAUGAAAAUAUUUUCCAUGAUUCAAACUCUGAGGACGAAAAUAAUCCAAGUAACAAUAAAGGUAUUGCAUCAAAGGACUUGGCAAAUUUGGAAAGUGAAUACGAUAAGAAUCUACUACGACCAACUAAACGACAGAAAUUAUUAGAGAAAAGACAACGUCAUAAAGCUUUAUUUAACCAACUCUAUGAGGAAGCUGGUGGUGGUCCUGAAGCUACCGCAUUCUAUGAUAAACUUGUUGCUACACGUGAAGCACAACAAGCAUUAAAUAGAGAAGUUUUAAAAAGUUUACCUGAAGAAGUUGUUAAUCGUUUAGAAGGUUUUCCACCUGGAGUUUAUGUUCGAAUUGAAAUUAGAGGUGUUCCACAACAAUUUCUGACACGAUUUGAUCCCUGUCAACCAUUAGUUGCUGGUGGCUUAUCCAGUGCUGAAGAAGCUUUCGGUUAUUUACAAAUUCGUUUUCGUACACAUCGUUGGCUUAAACGUGUUCUCCGUUCAAAUGAUCCAUUAACAGUAUCAAUUGGUUGGAGACGAUAUCAAACUGUUACAGUAUUUUCACAAGAAGAGCAUAAUUUACGUAAACGUUUCCUAAAAUAUUCACUACCACAUGAACAUUGUCUAGCAACUAUUUAUGGUCCAUUAGUACCACCAAAAACUGGAGUAAUUGCUUUUGUGAAUUCUUCUUGGCAGUCAAUUGAUGAUCCAAAAAAUCCACAUUUACCAGCUUUUCGUGUCGCUGGUACUGGCAGUGUUAUUGAUACUAAUCAAUCAUUUCAAAUCAUGAAAAAAUUGAAAUUAAUUGGUGAACCAUUCAAAAUUUUUUCAAAAACCGCAUUUAUUCGCGGUAUGUUUAAUAGUCCUUUAGAAGUGAGUAAAAUGAUUGGUUGUCGUAUACAAACUGCUUCGAAAAUACGAGGUUUAGUUAAAGCUGCAUUAACUAAUCCAUCAACAUCGAAACCUGGUGAUUUUCGUGCUACAUUUGAAGCACAAAUUAGGAAAGCUGAUAUAGUUUUCUUGAGAACAUUUUUCGCUGUUGAACUGCCCAAAUAUUAUAAUCCAGUUCUUAAUAGACUUUUACCUAUUGUUGGAGAAAAAGAUACAACUACUACAGGUUGGCGCUUACUUCGUACAUUAGGUGAACUUAAAUGGGAAGCUGGUAUCAAAACAGAAAGUAAUCCAGAUUCACAGUAUAAACCUAUAAAUCGUCCAGUACACAUUACAGCACCUUUACGUAUACCAACCAAACUGGCCGCAGCACUUCCAUUUGCGUAUAAACCUAAGCCAUCACGUAAAGAAGCAUUAGCUAUGCUUGGUGGAGAUCCUGUAAAAGCUGCUUUAAAUGCUGAAAUACCUGCUCCAGUUAAAACUGCUGAUGAAAUGGAAUCUGAAUCAAGACAAGAAUUAAUUAUGCGCCUACGUCAAUUACACUCAGAUUUUAUGCAACGUCAAAAAGAGAAAAUGAUUAAUCGUGUAACAAAACACAAGAAACAAUUAGCUAAAGAAAAUGCCAUUAAAGCUGCUAAUGAACGUAAAAGACGAAAACAAUAUUUUGCUCGUAGAUCAUCCCGUGGCGGUAAACGUUCUCGUCGAUCAAAUGGUGAAGACUAAGCAAAUACACCUCAAAGAUCAUAUCAUACCUUGUACAGUAUAUUAAUGAUAUUUCAAAUGUUUUUUUUUGUUUUGGCUUUCUACUUUGUGAUUCGAAAUAUUCGAUUUUGAAUGGUUAAGUUGUUAGUUCAAAAUCUCAUCUCAUCUACUUCGAAUUGAAUAAAUGUGAAUAUGAUCAUUAGUCUUCAUACAUAAGCUUAGCUCAAAGCCCAAAAUAGACGAAUCUACAGUAUUGGUUACUGUGCUUAACUUGGAUAUCGACCACACGACGUGAGUAAAUGAAAUGUAUUUACUCAUCUGAGCACUGAACGCUGAUAGCAAAACUUGUUCUUUGUUGUUGAUAUGGGAGCUUCCAAUACAACCUCAUAAUUACUAAUAGUACGAAGGUCGAUUCGAUGCAUCCGGAUAAAUUGAACAGCACUUUGACUAUGAUACAGCCUGACGUAUAUAAAAGCGGAGGUGACCAGUAGUAUCUCAAGAAAAACCUAUGCUAUAACUAGUAAUGAGUAAUCAGUCAGAAAGCGGGUUAAGCUAUACGUAUCGUUUCAUAAUUGUUUAUCACAUGUUAUGUGAUAAACAAUGGUAUCAAUUCGAAAUGAUUAGAAUAAAUGUAUUUGAGAGAGGAGCGACCUUCAACAUUGACAAACUCAGGCUGUUUUAUUCGAAGGCGGUCACAUAAUCAGUCUGAAAUUUAAUGUUCGUUUAUGGAUACAACUCAUGUUAUCUUAGUUUUUCUGUUUAGUUCUAAAUCAAGUAUAGAAAUUCAUCAGAAAAUUUUUGGACCAAGAUAAUUAGACAAGAGGAUGAGCAGUUUAAAUAAUUUGAUACCCUAAAACACAUGCGUCUAAACUUUAUUAUACAAUUACAUCUAGCUUUAUUAAAUUUUGAUUAUUUCCUGGAAUAAACGUAAUCUAAUAGUCCAGACAAUAUGUUGAAAAUAAUCAAUGAUUCAUUGUAAGAUGUUGGGGGGAGAUUUGUUGCUCAGGUAGAUGAUUUUGAUAGAAUUUUAUUCUCUGAGCUGGAUGGUUUAGACACGACCAAACAAAACUCCAUCAAAAUAUAUUCAUCAUUGUUCACUACAUACAUAGUCCUCAAUAUCUAUGGAACUAUUCGUUUAGAUUAUUGACCAUAAUGUUGGUAUAAUACAACACCAUUUUUUAAAGUGUUCUCCACUUAAGCAAUUAUGAGAAUAUUGUUAUUCUUUCAGUGUUUAUUAUCUAAGGGAAACCAAUUACAUAAAACAAACUAUCUAAACUAUUGUUCCUCAGAGUUUGGUACAUCCAUCAUCAUGACACCUAAUGCUAAACCAGUCACUAUUUGAAACAAAGGUUGAUAUUAAUUGUAAUACAUGGAUUUAAAUUGUAAUGUAUUUGAUUCUAGGAUAAGUUGACUGUCUAGUGUUUCUUCAUAAUUCUCUAAUGAUUCUUAAUGAAAUUUGAAGUUUGUUGGAAUAGUACAAAACCAUUUGUUUUCUGUUUGUAUUUCAACUCAUUCAUAAGGCAAUUUUUGCAAUAGUAUUCGUAACUCAUGAUGUUGACAAUUUUUAGCUAGUAAACUUGUACAAUAUUUAUGAAUACGACUCUACUUAAGGAAGGAUUGUUUUUUUUUCUUAGGAAAGUCAUCAGAUAUAUUAUUCUUGAAAUAUACUCAUGGAUACACGAUUACUUUAUUUUAGCAUUCACUAAUUUCUAUUGUUAAUACGUAGACCUGUCUUCUCUACAAAUGUUGGAACCAGUCAGUCAGGAUCAGGCACAUAUAUGCAUGAGUAUGUAUGAGUAUCAAGCGUAUAGUACUCAUUAUUAUGUCUUGGUCAGUCAGUUACAUCGUAGGAACAAGCACAUAUAUGCAUCGGUCCAAGUUGCCAUACCUCAUUAACACAACAAGAUGAACACCGGAUUCAUAGAAGUAAUUACUUUAAUGGUAGUAAUAUAUAAAAGAAAGAUUGCAUAUAAGCACAAAGUAUAGCAAGAAAAAAAUAGUUCGUAGAAAUAAAGAUAUGAAGCGAUUUGAAUCUCAUAAUUUAAGGGAAGACAGAUAGUAUAUUCACCUACGCCAUUGUUAUUGAUUCUGAGACAUGUCACCAAGAGUCUCCAACCAUCGGUUACGAUAUUCAUACGGACCCCAACCAAGUAGUGUACAUCUACCGACAUGGCUUAGACUAGAAGUCAGUGAGUUCAAGCACUGAUGCAACGUUUUGAUUUGGCCACCCAGUCUCGAAACAUUGGUUGCGAUGCUUGCGUUUUUCUUACAUGUAAGCUACAAAUUCGAUAAUGUUCAUAGAUCUUAUCUGCUAAUAUUUUAUAAAUGUCUGAUAGUUCAGAAUGUGUUAGAUGUAUUAUUACAAUUCAGAGAAUGAAUGAGUAUACUACAAGCGUAUGUAAUCGAAUUAAAUGCCUCGCAUUGUCGUGUAACACAUAGUUUUGAAAAGUUGUUGGUAAUGACAAUUUGAUUCGAUAGAUCAAAUCUACAUGUUAACACUUUCUUUUAUUUUGUUAAUAGAUUUCUAAACAAAAUGUAAAUAGUAAUACUUAUAGGGUGAAAUUGACAACAUUUUUACAUACUACUGACUCCUGUUACCCUUCAUGAAGGAGAAUAGUUCGCUCAUGCCAGCAUUCUCCAUCCAAAGUUGUCCUGGACAAUACUUUCCAGUUGCUAUUCAUUCUUUUCAUAUCUGCUUCCAAUUCCGGACGCAGUGUGUUCUUUGGCCCUUCCCCUUUUGCGUUCCACUUCAGUAUCCCAAGUUAGGGCUUGCUUCAUGAUGCAGUUUGGUGAUUUCCUCAAUGUAUAUCCCCUUCACUUCCAUCGUCUUUUCCUAAUUUCUUCUGCAGUUGGAAGCUGGUUUGUCCUCUCCCACAGAAGGUUGUUGCUGAUGGUAUCCGGUCAAAGGAUAUUGAGUAUCUUGCGUAGACAACUAUUUAUAAAUACUUGUACCUUUUUGAUGAUGAUUGUAUUACGUUAUCUUUAUUUUUAAAAGAAUGAUCUCAUUCAAAAUUUCAAUUCACAAUAAGAGUUAAGAUGAAAAGUGUUUCAUGAAAUAUCUUAGUCUUUAAUCUAUAGUAGAGUAGUAGUUUGCCGCCAAAUGCCCUGGCAUGGCCGAGAGUGGGGAGAGUCCAUUUCCCCUCUCCAAAUGCUAUCACAUGGCCACGCGUAUACAGCCUCUGCCAGGGAAGUCCUACUCACUGCCUUUUCGUGGCGGGGGUGUCUUUUACGAAAAUGAGAGGACGAAAAGUGAAUGUCCGGCGCUUUAACCGGAUCCCAAACCAAUGGUGCACAUGGACUCCAGUAUCCUGCAGGAAAAAAUGGCGUAUAAACCCGUCGUCGGUCACCAGCUACCAUGGAACUGCAUCUCCUCACGAUGCUCUACCGCCUUGUGGGUUAGACCUUUAGGUCAAAGGCUCGGGGUGUGGCCCCUUAAGAAAACCACCCGCUUCGGUCUGCGCUCCCGGGCAGUAUCACAGCCCACACACACGCAAAUAUGGUGUGGCACAUAUAUAUUUGGUGCCCUCUUGUAACAAUAUUUAUGUGUUCAAAUAAUAAUAAGAGCAGUAGUUUAACACUACUGAGCAAGUACAUACUAAACUGAAACAACUGUCCAUUACUUUCUAGUUUUAAAUAGUUGUUUCAUUAGGCUUAGUUCAAGAUAAUGAAAACGUGAAUAUGAAACCAGUUAACUCAAAUGACAAAGGACUGUCAAAAUCUUUCUCAUGAGUUAUUCUUAUGAUUACAGACUUUUGAAAUGAACUUGUGUGUGUGUGUGUGUUUAGAUUAGAGAAACACCUCUAAUUAUAACUUACUGAGGUAUUUUAAAAUUUAGAUGAUCGAUAAUUGUGUUCAUUCCAAUUACAGAAUGUGUACAUAGUACAAGGUUACAACAACUAAUCGAAUCUCAUUUACAUAACUAAAACGUUCAAACUUAAACAAGAACAUAGAUUCUCAACUAUAAACACUGAAUUGAAUACC